UUCUGGCGGCGCCGCUGGUUUCUGCGGGGUUUGCAAACAGCUCGUACCGGGCCCUUCCCGUCUUCCGUACAGGUUCCUGCUGUUGGCUGGGCUCGGGAGGGAACGCUCCAGGUAAAGCGCUGGGAGAGGAAGCGACGCCGAGGAGCUACGGUUUCCUCCGGAGGUCUCCGCCCCUCUGCCCCUAUAUUCCCAGAGCUCGAGUCUGAUCCGGGCCUUGCCGGGCACCCUGGAAAGGCGGGGGUGAUAGUACAGAUGGAGACGCAACUGCAGAGCAUUUUCGAAGAGGUGGUGAAAACGGAAGUUAUAGAAGAGGCUUUUCCUGGCAUGUUUAUGGAUACUCCUGAAGAUGAGAAAACAAAACUAAUUAGCUGUCUGGGGGCCUUCAGACAGUUUUGGGGUGGUCUUUCUCAGGAGUCUCAUGAACAGUGUAUCCAGUGGAUUGUUAAGUUUAUUCAUGGUCAACAUAGUCCUAAAAGAAUUUCUUUUCUUUAUGACUGCUUAGCAAUGGCAGUUGAGACUGGUCUCCUUCCACCCAGGCUGGUUUGUGAAUCCCUGAUAAACUCUGACACUCUUGAGUGGGAAAGAACACAGCUUUGGGCCUUAACAUUUAAACUGGUUCGGAAAAUAAUUGGGGGAGUGGAUUACAAGGGUGUUCGAGAUCUCUUAAAAGUGAUUUUGGAGAAGAUUUUGACAAUUCCUAAUACAGUGAGCUCUGCUGUUGUACAGCAGCUUCUGGCAGCAAGAGAGGUUAUAGCAUAUAUCUUGGAAAGAAAUGCCUGCUUAUUACCAGCCUAUUUUGCAGUCACUGAGAUCAGGAAACUGUAUCCUGAAGGCAAACUUCCACACUGGUUACUUGGAAACCUAGUAUCAGACUUUGUGGAUACCUUCAGGCCCACAGCAAGGAUAAACUCCAUUUGUGGUCGCUGUAGUCUUCUGCCAGUUGUAAAUAACUCGGGUGCCAUUUGUAAUUCAUGGAAACUGGAUCCUGCUACUCUUCGUUUUCCUUUGAAAGGCCUUUUGCCAUAUGAUAAGGAUCUGUUUGAACCACAGACUGCUUUGUUGAGAUAUGUAUUGGAGCAGCCUUAUUCCAGGGAUAUGGUCUGCAAUAUGCUAGGUUUAAAUAAGCAGCACAAGCAGCGCUGCCCUGUGCUGGAGGACCAGUUGGUGGAUCUGGUUGUUUAUGCCAUGGAGCGAUCUGAGACCGAGGAGAAGUUUGACGAUGGGGGAACAAGCCAACUCCUGUGGCAGCAUCUCUCAAGUCAGCUCAUUUUCUUUGUGCUUUUCCAGUUUGCAAGUUUUCCACAUAUGGUGCUUUCUCUUCAUCAGAAGUUAGCAGGGCGAGGACUGAUUAAAGGCAGAGAUCAUCUUAUGUGGGUUCUCCUGCAAUUCAUUUCUGGAAGUAUUCAGAAAAAUGCACUAGCUGAUUUUCUCCCUGUGAUGAAGCUCUUCGACUUGCUAUACCCAGAAAAAGAAUAUAUCCCAGUUCCUGAUAUUAACAAACCCCAGUCAACCCAUGCCUUUGCAAUGACCUGUAUUUGGAUUCAUCUCAAUAGAAAAGCUCAAAAUGACAACUCCAAGCUACAGAUUCCAAUACCUCAUUCCCUAAGACUUCACCAUGAGUUCCUGCAGCAGAGUCUAAGAAAUAAAAGUUUACAGAUGAAUGACUAUAAGAUUGCUCUAUUGUGUAAUGCAUACUCUACAAAUUCAGAAUGUUUUACAUUACCCAUGGGAGCUCUGGUAGAAACUAUUUAUGGAAAUGGAAUUAUGAGGAUACCUCUCCCUGGAACAAACUGUAUGGCUUCAGGAUCUAUUACACCCUUACCUAUGAACCUCCUGGAUUCACUGACAGUUCAUGCCAAAAUGAGCCUUAUUCACAGCAUUGCAACCAGGGUGAUAAAACUUGCUCAUGCAAAGUCCAGUGUGGCCUUGGCUCCAGCCCUAGUGGAAACUUACAGUCGUUUAUUGGUCUAUAUGGAAAUAGAGUCUUUGGGCAUCAAAGGAUUUAUCAGUCAGCUUUUGCCAACUGUUUUCAAAUCACAUGCAUGGGGGAUCUUACACACACUCCUUGAGAUGUUUAGCUACCGGAUGCAUCAUAUUCAGCCUCAUUACAGAGUUCAGCUCCUGAGUCAUCUUCAUACUUUGGCUGCAGUUGCACAAACAAACCAGAACCAGCUCCAUCUUUGUGUCGAGAGCACUGCUCUCAGGCUUAUAACAGCAUUAGGUAGCUCAGAGGUACAACCACAGUUUACACGCUUCCUUAGUGAUCCCAAAACAGUGCUCUCAGCAGAAUCUGAAGAACUGAACCGAGCCUUGAUAUUGACCUUGGCUAGAGCAACUCAUGUAACAGAUUUUUUUACAGGCUCUGAUUCAAUUCAGGGAACUUGGUGUAAAGACAUACUUCAGACUAUCAUGAGUUUCACUCCUCAUAAUUGGGCUUCACACACCCUGAGCUGUUUUCCAGGCCCACUACAGGCAUUCUUCAAACAAAAUAAUGUGCCUCAGGAAAGCCGUUUUAAUCUGAAAAAAAAUGUGGAGGAGGAGUAUAGGAAGUGGAAGUCAAUGAGCAACGAAAAUGACAUUAUUACCCACUUCUCUAUGCAGGGCUCCCCUCCUCUCUUUCUUUGUCUUCUCUGGAAAAUGCUCUUGGAAACAGAUCAUAUUAAUCAGAUUGGCUAUAGAGUAUUAGAGAGAAUUGGAGCCAGGGCCUUGGUAGCCCAUGUGAGGACAUUUGCAGAUUUCCUGGUAUAUGAGUUUUCUACAUCAGCAGGGGGUCAGCAACUCAAUAAAUGCAUUGAAAUUCUUAAUGACAUGGUAUGGAAGUAUAACAUUGUUACACUGGACAGAUUAAUUCUCUGCCUGGCCAUGCGUAGUCACGAAGGAAAUGAAGCCCAGGUUUGUUAUUUCAUAAUUCAGUUGCUGUUACUCAAACCAAACGAUUUUAGAAAUCGAGUAAGUGACUUUGUGAAGGAAAAUUCCCCAGAGCACUGGUUACAGAAUGACUGGCACACCAAGCACAUGAAUUAUCACAAGAAAUAUCCAGAGAAGUUGUAUUUUGAGGGCCUCGCGGAACAGGUGGAUCCUCCUGUACAGAUCCAGUCUCCCUAUCUGCCCAUCUAUUUUGGGAAUGUGUGUCUUCGAUUCCUUCCAGUAUUUGAUAUAGUAAUCCACAGAUUUUUAGAGUUGCUUCCAGUAUCCAAAUCACUGGAGACUCUACUGGAUCACCUAGGAGGCUUAUAUAAAUUUCAUGAUCGUCCAGUGACUUAUCUGUAUAACACUCUGCACUAUUACGAAAUGCACCUGAGAGACCGCGCAUUUCUCAAACGAAAACUCGUCCAUGCGAUCAUUGGCUCUCUGAAGGAUAAUCGACCGCAGGGCUGGUGUCUAAGUGACACUUACCUGAAAUGCGCUAUGAAUGCACGAGAGGAAAAUCCUUGGGUUCCAGAUGACACCUACUAUUGCAGAUUGAUUGGCAGACUAGUCGAUACGAUGGCUGGCAAAUCUCCUGGUCCCUUUCCAAACUGUGACUGGAGAUUCAAUGAGUUUCCCAACCCAGCUGCCCAUGCUCUCCAUGUUACUUGUGUGGAGCUCAUGGCCUUGGCAGUUUCAGGCAAAGAAGUUGGGAAUGCCCUUCUAAAUGUUGUCCUAAAAAGUCAGCCUUUAGUGCCAAGAGAGAACAUUACAGCAUGGAUGAAUGCAAUUGGUUUGAUCAUCACUGCCCUACCAGAACCAUAUUGGAUUGUUCUUCAUGAUCGAAUUGUGAGUGUCAUCAGCAGCCCCAGCUUGACGUCUGAAACAGAGUGGGUUGGCUAUCCAUUCCGCCUCUUUGAUUUCACUGCCUGUCAUCAGUCCUACUCUGAGAUGAGUUGUAGCUAUACAUUAGCUCUUGCACAUGCCGUGUGGCACCAUUCUAGCAUUGGACAACUUUCUCUCAUUCCAAAGUUUCUUACUGAAGUACUUCUUCCUAUAGUGAAGACUGAAUUCCAGUUGCUUUAUGUAUACCAUCUUGUUGGACCAUUUUUACAAAGAUUUCAGCAAGAGAGAACUCGUUGUAUGAUAGAGAUUGGUGUGGCGUUUUAUGACAUGCUGCUGAAUGUUGACCAGUGUAGCACCCAUUUAAAUUACAUGGAUCCCAUCUGUGACUUCCUCUAUCACAUGAAGUAUAUGUUUACUGGUGACAGCGUGAAAGAGCAAGUAGAGAAGAUUAUCUGUAACUUAAAACCAGCUUUAAAACUUCGUCUUCGAUUCAUCACACACAUUAGCAAGAUGGAGCCAGCUGCAGUGCCUCCACAAGCCAUGAACAGUGGGUCUCCAGCACCUCAGUCUAAUCAGUAAAAAGUCAGAGUACACAGCAAGGGUUCCAAAUUAAGAGGAAGCAAAAUGCUGCCCAGAUCCUGAGAAACCUGGAGAAAAUCAACCUUAGUAGUUUCAACUCAUACAUUGUCUUGUUUGAUUUUGUUCUUUGUUUUUUAUCCUCUUUAAGCACAGAUGCGUGUUGAAGUCUAAGGUGUUCUGUCAUCACACUCUCUUUACUAGAAUAAGUGUGCCCAGGCAGAAAAAAAAGUGUAUUCAAUGUUGCUGGCAUGUGUGGAUUCACAGCUGGUGGCUGUAAGGAAGUCUGGGAGUUUCAUAAAUCCAUUAAAAUCCUUUUAGAGUUGCCAACCCGCAGUAGGAUUUUCUUUCUUUUUUUGUUCUUUUUUUCCCCUUCCAAGUGAGGCACAUAAAGGAUUCUACCUAGUCCAUGAAUGAACAGUUUCAUAGAAACAUUAAAACCCUAACAUAACAUGAAUUAUUCACAAAGUUGCAUGAAACAAUAAUAUUUAGGUUACCCAAAUUAUAAGAAGUCUGAAGGUUACCACCAAACUAUUAAAUUUUUCUAGGCAUUAAUUACAUAACUAAACAAAUGUAUUUCUUAAAAUUCUCUCUUCCUCUACAUAAACACAGUAACAUCAAAAACAACAAGAGCAACUAAACCUCAAUGAGUAGCUACAAUGCAGAAAGAGUCCAUUUCAAUUCAAAGAAAAAUAUUUUCUCCUAAAAAAUAUGAGAAAGCAUUCUGUAGGUUCAAAUGAAUUUAGCCUUGGCUGAGAUCACGAGCCACAAAAGUAAGUGGAUAUGUGACUAUAAUUAUACAAUGUUGGAAAAUG